AUGGCGAUGGCAAAUUUCGAUAGACGUCAAAAUAAUAAGAUUUGGUUCAACAAUAAAUUGUGGGCAUCACUACCCGCCUAUACAAAUGCGUUCUACAAUGCCGUCCUAAGAGCGCUUCUACCACCGAGCACUCCUCCAGAAAGCGUCGGCAUUUUAGCGUAUUCACAUCCGAUGAACGAAUCAAUCUCGAAUAUGGCCGAACGAAUCAAUACUGCACGUAUGGUAGCGUUUCGAAUAGUUUUAUUGUUGUUGGCCGUUUCGGUGAUAGUGGCGAGUUUUUCGAUGGUAUUAGUUGAUGAGCGUGUCUCGUACAGUAAGCAUCUGCAGUUCGUUUCUGGCGUUAAGCCGCUACUCUAUUGGAUCAUCAAUUUCUUGCACGAUGUGGUGCGUUUUUGCCUUACUUCUCUAUUCUCUCAAGUUCAAAUAAAGAAUUUAAAAAACUUAUAA